CUCGAUGAUGGAUAAGGAAGCCCUCUCCACCUAUGACGAUGACGCCCUCGAAGCCAAGGCCCUUCGAUCAGCUCUGACUGCGUGUAUAACCUUCGGUGAGCAGGCCCGAAGGCGAGAGGAGUGGUGCCGUCAUAAGGCCGAGCUAGAGAAGUCCGUGAAGGAGCUGAUCCACGAUAAGGACGCUGCCCUCCGGGAGGUGUGCAAGUUGGAGGACGCCCUUCGGCAAGCGGAGCUGCGGCUGAAGGAGGCCAGAGAUGACGGGAAGGCCGAGGGCAGGGCAGAGGCCGAGAGGGUUGCGGCCGAGGAGAGAAAGCAAGCGGCUGAGGACGCCGAGAAGGCCAAGGCUGAAGCUGCUGUCAAAGCCCGAGAAGAGGCCAUUGCUGGGUUCACCUCCGAAGGCUGGAAGGCCGAGGGCCAGAGCGAGUGGGUGGCCUCUGUGGUGAAGGCCUCGAUCGAGGAGUGGGUGAGGGGCCCCGGGCUCGACUGGAUGAAUGAGAGGGGUGACACCUACUAUCAAGCUGGCGAGUUCUUCACCCAGCACCUGGUUUACCGGAGGCUCGCCCGGCAUUUUGGCACCUCCCUGGAUGAGUUCAACCCCUCAGUGUAUGGCCUCCCCCCGUUGCAGCCAGAC